AUUCAGAUGAUAAACUGUGGGUUUGAGGGAGCAACGGACAUGGAGACUUGAGUGGGGAGGAGGGAAAUUAAAAACAGAUUGCCAGAGUGUAUGACUAAAACAAAGCCCGGGAAAGGCAUUGAGUACUGAUGAAGAGAGAAGAAGAGGGGGAGUGCAUGCUGUCUAGUGAGCUAAAGGGGUGGGGAGCUUUAAAGAGAGCGGGGAGAGAGAUUGAACCACCAGGACUUUCACUUUCAGUGAGCAAACUGCCUCCACGCUGUUUGUUCCUUCAGAAGUGCCCUACAACAGAUCAAGUGUCCUGCUCACUUGCACACCAGCUGGAAAUUAAAGCUCCAAAACAAACUGACUGAAAAGGAAGGAGGAAAAUCAAAGCAGAAGAAAAGAGAGAGAAAAAAAACAGGAAACUAAAAUCUCACAGGAAAGAGAGGAAUAUCUUCUUGUCCGUCAGGAUUUUUCCAUCAGAAGACUGGGAAUUUCCAAGUGCUUGACUGGGAUUGAGUCAGAUGGUCAGAAUGGAGAGCGGCUGUGGGAUCCAAGAGAAAGAGCAGCAGUGAGAGAAAGAGGAGGAAAGCCACUGAGACCGAGAUUCUUCCCUAACCUUUCUGCAGCAAUCUGUCGUGCAAAACUACUUGGUUAAGAAGAACAUGGGGAAUAUGGCCCACAUUGGCCGGUAGAAGCAUGUCACCAACAGUGCUGUUACUUCUAUCAAUAUUGACUGUUCAAGGAAGUGGGUGUGAUGAUUUUAUGAAGACGACGAUCAGAAAUCUUCAAGACUCUAUACACAUUGAAGAAACGUCCGGAUUCCCACAAGUGUUUCCAAAGAACUACGUUGUGUCUCACUAUUUCAACGACAGCGCGCUGUGCAAUGAGCCGUGCUGUGUGUUCAGUGCUGCUGUGUUCCUGUCUAAUUCCUGGAUUCAGCUCCUCCAGCAUCUCAGUAGAGUUCAUCUCAAAUACAGAUUCAUCAGCGAGCUGGUUCUCACACUGGACAACAUAGCAAAAGAGAAAAUUCCAGAUCGUCCAGAUAUCUCUGCUUUCCCAUCUGUUCAGUCAUCGCCUGAAGGUCUUCUCUCCUUCACCUCAUCCCUCUUCGCACGAUGGCUCAUUCUGGAUUGUGCUUUUAAAGAGCAUCACUGCAUCUUCCCUACCCCAAGUGAAGAGGAUCAAGAAAUUUCACAAUCAGACGAGGAAGAGAAUGUGGAGAACCAUGGACAUGUGGAUGAGCAGCAGCCUGUGAUAGAAGGAGAGACUGGUAAAAGGCAGUUCCACCAGGGUCCGACUAACAGCUAUAGUGAGUCACUUUUCCCAGGUUUCUCUUACUGGACUUUUUCUUUUCUAUGGAUAACAAUAAGUCUGAUUUGGUAAAAAGUGAGAAAUCUGUUUUAAAUAUGUCACAAAACUUGGCCAAAAGGAAGCUUCACUUUGAAUAGGCAGCUGCUGUUUUUUUUUGUUGUUGUUGAGAUUUCAGAGAAGUUGCUCUCUGAAUACGGUUCAUGAUUUCUAGAUGCAUGUUGGAGAAAAGGGAUGUUUUGGAAACAGACACAUGGCCAAUAUGACGUUCUCUUUCAUGUACGUGUACAAUGUUUUUUUUUCUGCAUCAUGUCUUUGCACUGAUUGUUUCUAUCACUUAUCCAGUUUUCUGUCAUAUACAGUGAAUUAUGUGUCCUCCAUGAUAAUUCAGGUUAAACCUGUCGACUGAAUGUUUUAACAUUGACUGUAGUGAAAAAGUAAAGAAUACAUGAAGCCAAAAGUCUCCGCUUAUCCCUCUGUGUUCAAGAGGAAAAAAAACUACACUCAUCUUCUACAGUAAAUCCAAACCAUAUAAUACUGUAGCAUAGCAACCAGCUUAAGCAAGCUACUUUCUGAAAAGACAUUUGCAAAAGGGUUACAUAAGUCAUGUUUACAAGUAUUGUUGUCUUGCCUUACAGAAGGUUACUACAAGCAAUGUUUUACUCAAAUGAAUUUAACAAUCUGUCUGUUUUUGGUAUAAGUGUUGUCUGUUUUUAAGUGUAGAUUUUUAUAUAUAAAUAAAAUCUUGAAAAAAAAGUCA